UGCGACACGAGCGACCAUCCACUUCUAAAUUAGACACCACCUUGUUACGCAUCAAUUCUAUCGAGCUUGAGGACGAGCCUACGAAGUGGUCCGGUUUUGUGGUUGACAAAGACAGUCUUUAUCUUCGUCAUGACUAUUUGGUAUUGCACAACUCAGGCUUUGAGGAGUCCAUGAAAAACAAGCGACUGACCAACGCCCAACGUUCCGGUCUUUCUCAGAUUCCUAAUCGUCGAUUCACCAUGUGGUGGUCUCCUACCAUCAACAGAGCCAAUGUCUACGUUGGUUUCCAAGUCCAGCUCGAUUUGACUGGUGUUUUCAUGCACGGUAAGAUCCCCACUUUGAAGAUCUCUUUGAUUCAAAUCUUCCGAGCGCACUUAUGGCAGAAGAUCCACGAGUCGGUUGUUAUGGAUUUGUGUCAAGUCUUCGAUCAAGAGAUGGAGGCACUCCAAAUCGAGACUGUUCAGAAAGAGACUAUCCACCCGCGAAAGUCGUACAAGAUGAACUCUUCGGCUUCCGACAUUCUCCUUUUCUCGUCUUACAAGUGGCAGAUCUCUCGCCCUUCCCUGCUUACUGAUAACCGGGACACUAUGGAUGGCACUACCUCCAACAAGUUCUGGCUCGACAUCCAGCUCCGAUGGGGUGACUUUGACUCUCAUGACAUCGAGCGUUACGCCCGUGCGAAGUACCUCGACUAUUCUUCGGACAGUCAGUCUAUCUACCCAUCGCCCACUGGUAAUCUUAUCGCGAUUGACUUGGCAUACAACCUCUAUUCGGCGUACGGCUGUUACUUCCCCGGUCUCAAGCCACUCCUCCAGCAAGCGAUGGCGAAGAUCAUGAAGGCCAACCCCGCUUUGUAUGUUUUACGUGAGCGUAUAAGGAAGGGUCUUCAGCUCUACUCAUCUGAGCCUACUGAACCUUAUCUUAACUCUUCCAACUACUCCGAGUUGUUCUCAAACCAGAUUAUCUGGUUCGUAGACGACACUAAUGUCUACCGAGUCACAGUUCACAAGACUUUUGAAGGUAACUUGACUACCAAGCCCAUCAACGGUGCUAUUUUCAUCUUCAAUCCUCGUACUGGUCAACUCUUCUUAAAGAUCAUUCACACCUCGGUUUGGGCUGGUCAGAAGCGUCUAGGUCAAUUGGCCAAAUGGAAGACGGCCGAAGAAGUCGCUGCUUUGGUUCGAUCAUUGCCCGUGGAAGAACAACCUAAACAAGUCAUUGUUACUCGAAAGGGUAUGCUUGACCCCUUGGAAGUCCAUUUGCUUGAUUUCCCCAACAUCGUUAUCAAGGGUUCCGAACUCCAGUUACCAUUCCAAGCGACUCUCAAGAUGGAGAAAUUUGGUGACUUAAUCCUGCGUGCAACUCAACCCCAAAUGGUUUUGUUCAAUCUUUAUGACGAUUGGCUCAAGUCUAUCUCAAGUUACACUGCCUUCUCUCGUCUUAUUCUUAUCCUUCGUGCUUUGCACGUCAACAACGAGAAGUCUAAGAUUAUUUUGAGACCUGACAAGAAUACUAUCACAGAGUCUUACCACAUUUGGCCAUCGCUCAGUGACGACGAGUGGAUGAAGGUUGAAGUGGCUCUCAAGGAUCUCAUUUUGGCCGACUUUGGUAAGAGGAACAGCGUCAACGUAGCCUCCCUCACAGCCAGCGAAAUUCGAGACAUCAUUCUGGGUAUGGAGAUUGCAGCGCCAUCCGUUCAACGACAACAGAUGGCUGAGAUCGAAAAGAACACCGAGGCUGCCGCUCAGGUUACUGCUCUUCAGACCAAAACUACCAACAUCCAUGGUGACGAGAUCGUCGUCACGACAACUACCCAGUACGAACAGCAAACCUUUGCUAGUAAGUCUGACUGGCGUGUACGAGCUAUCAGUGCCACCAAUUUGCCACUCCGUGUCAACCACAUCUUUGUCGGCAAUGAUGAUGUGAAGGACGAUGCUGGCAGCUACACAUACGUUAUUCCCAAGAACGUCUUACGAAGCUUCAUUGUCAACGCCGAUCUCCGUACACAGGUCGUUGCCUACCUUUAUGGUACUUCACCCCCUGACAACAAGCAGGUUAAGGAGAUCAAGGCCGUCGCUUGGAUCCCUCAGAGGGGUACCAACAACGGUGUAGAUCUUCCUGUUACCUUACCUAAGCAUGACUUCCUUCUCAAGGAUCUUGAGCCCCUUGGUUGGAUUAAGACACAGUCACAAGAACUCAACCACCUUUCUCCUCAGGACGUUACUACCCAAGCGAAAAUUAUGGCAGCUCACCCUGAGUGGGGACCUCAAUCCAUUUGCGUCACCUGUUCUUUCACUCCUGGUUCCGUCUCUCUCAACGCAUGGGACCUCACAGUGGCUGGCUUCGAAUGGGGUAGGAAGAACGAGGAUGUCACGGGCCAGAACCCUGGGUUCAACCCGUCCAUGGCCAACCGAGUUCAAUUAUUGUUGUCUGACAGGAUUUUGGGUAUGACCUUAGUUCCUGAGGGUGGGAUUUGGAACUAUGGUGUUGGUUUAACUCAGAGCUGGUCAGAAAAGAUUCCUUACACAAUGACUCUUGACAAGCCUGAGGCGUUCUGGGCCCCUUGCCACCGACCUAACGCUUUCCUCAACUUUGCCUCCAUGGAGGGGGAUGAUGCGGCUGACGUUGAGAAUAGUUUGGAGUAAAUGUUUCGUUAUGAGGAAUAGGAAGUCUCUUGGAGUACCCGUAAAGAUCUGGUUGAUUUGGUCAGUAGUACCUGUUUGUAUACUAGUAGAUAUCCGUUUCAGUACAAAGAUUCAAUGCACUUUUGACUCCGA